AUGGAUCUGUACGCAAUGAUUAGAUCGGUAAGAUCUUCAGACCUUUCCAAACUAAAUUAAUUAAAAUUUAAGUGGAUUUUCUUGGAAGAGCAAACCCCGCAAAUUUCAUACGAGUGCAAGGAUUUACACUACACACAGCAAGAAAAGAAGUUUUUCUCCGAAAAUAACGGCGACGCCCUUUUCCUCAAGUAUCACAAGCUUUUCGCUGCUCUUCGAAUCAACAAUUGCCUCACCACCUCAGGUUAUUCAUUUUUAUUUGCAAAAAUUUUUUGAAUAUAAAAAAUGCAUCCCGACUUGAAGGCGGAUAAGUGGACGGGACGUGUAACGUUUGCGUACGCCGUUCUUGGCACGAGUGCAAUCCAAGCGCCAUCGACUAUUUAAAAAGCUCGGGCACCGCUCUUUUUGUACCUAUCUUACUAUUGUUUAAUGCACAAAUUAAAAAAAUCGAUAAAUAAUCAAAAAAUGAAUGAAAAGAGCGAUAAACGAGCUUCCCAAAUAGUCGCUGGCGGUCGAAUUGAACUCAUGCCAAAAACCGCGAACGCACACGCUACGCGUUGCGCCUCCUCGCCUUUCAGGUGGGGUAAAAUUGACUAUAAAACCUCGAAGUUUCUCUCAGCCUUUAUUCAUAGUAUACUUUCAGGAGCCAUUCGGACCUUCCAAGAAAAUAAAUUAGUGCCCCAAGAAAUUCUCAAUGAUAUAAUUGUUGAUCAAUGGAAUUGUCUGCUGAAGAAUGAAGAAACGCCCACAGUGUGAGUCGGGAAACCAAUUACGAAAUGAUCUGAAGCUUCAGAUCUAACACGAUGAGCGAAGAAGUGUUCAACAAGUCUUGUUUACGGUCUGGUCGCGCGAUUCAAGAGUUUCCAGUAAGUUAUUCCACCAAAAAUCUCCAGCUUUCUCUCAGAAAUCCUGGAGAUGGACUGGGUUCAAUUUUGGCACAGAUGUGCUGCUCACGGCCAGUCGUUUGUGAGUGUCUCCAACACAGAAGUUCUUGUGAGGUAUCACUAUUUUCAGGGCUCUCACAGUAAAGAGAAAUUGCGUGCACCAGAUCUCGCCUUAUUCGGCUAAUAUGCAAGGCGAAAAAGUUCUUCACUACCGGCAAGUUUCACUCUUCGAAGCAAUCGAUUCAUUUUCUGUUAUAGUUUGAUCAUAAUGGAUGCAGAGGGAAAGCGAAUUCAUGAUGGGAAACGUAUAUCCGUGGCUCUACGUCCUGAUCAGGUAACAUUUUCUCUUAGAACUCAAUAUUGUCAUGAAAUAAUGGUAUCAAAAAGAGACCAGCGAAAACUCGAAUGGCGACUUUUCCGAUUUUUUCAUAUCGCUAGGAACUUUCCGACGGAGAAAUUUCCGACUUUUUCCCUUAUUUUUCGGCUUAUAAACCAUCUAGUAACUUCUUUUUCCUAGUUCUAUCUGUUAUAAUUAUGAAUCAACUACCUACUUUUGCUAUAAGAAGAUUCAAAACGAAAGGUUUAUCGAGAAAAAGUCGGAAACUUCUCCGUCGGAAAGUUCCCUCAGCGAUAUGAAAAUCGGAAAAAGAGACGUUCAAUUUUGAGUCUUUUUCAUACCGCCAGAAAGAUACUCGAGAUGAUAAAGAAAAUUUUCAAAUCCUCAUUGCAGAAAUUAAUACUUUGCUAUUUUGUUAGGCAAUGCCCCUCUGUCUCCCAUUUUAUAAUACAUUUCUGUAGCAAGAUCAAUCACUCAGUAGUGUUAAAUAGACUUCAGUAGUUCUGCGGCAUGCGGGAAUGAAGAUCCCUCAUCGACCUUGGCUUUCAAUGCUACUCUCUUUAUGAUUUUGAUCGGCCUCUGUGUUCAGACCAUUGUACUUUCAAAUAUUCAAGCCUGACGUGGUGCUCCCAAUCUUUGUACAUUACUUCCAGUAUUUGGCUUUGAACCUCCCUCCGCCUCCUACUUCACAGUACAUUGAAAAGUAUCUCGAAGGUACCAAGUAGACCCAUAGUGUGUAAAAAUUGUAGAGUGGUUCACUUGUUUUAUCAAUGCAUUUACUACUGGCCACUCAUAAAACCAGAAGAUGACAAAGAGCUUGAUCGUAAGCCCAUUGCAUCGCCAACCGUGAGAAAUUAAAAAAAAAACAGUCUCAAUUACUUUUUACAGUCAAACUCUUCGCUAGCAAUCGACUCCGGAACCGCUUCAUUAAAAACAGAAAAUCUUAAAGGUCCAAAAAUACCCUUCCGAACAGUACGAUUAAAACAGCCCAGUAAGUAUUUUUGUAAUACUCAUUCAAAAAGAUUGAUAUAGAGAGAGAAACUCUGAUGGAGAACCCUUUCGAAGACAUCGCGACGCGAGCUCCGCCUAGAGACUACUUAGAGUUCCAGCGUCUGCGGAGCAAGCAUCACAUCAAAAAGAAGAAAAGACGUCAUCGGAAGCGCACUCAUGAGUUUCUGACGCGCGAUGACAUCGUCAAGCCGCGAAGGUUUUUUUUUUCACUUGAGAUGGUCGUAUCUCUAAUUUAGCAACUUUGAUCCGGAGGAGCCCACACUACCUCGCAAGAGGACGACUGACCUUGAGCGGAGCGAAUUUCAAGUUGGAACGCGAGUUUUGAACCAGCUUCCAGGUAUGAAUAUAACUUACACUAUCAAAUGAACCCGUUAAAAACUUCAGAAAUCGAAGAAACAACAGUGGAAGAGCCGAAAGAAGAGAUAAAAGUGAAAGUCAGCCGACUUCCAAACAAUCCAUUCAGAGACAUCAAUAUAAGAGAGCCCACUGUUCUCGUUUUGCCCAUACCCGAGUCCGAAAGCGAAGAAGAAAGACAUUGA